AUGUCAGGUGAUUUAUAUUUGGAUAUGCUUGCCACUCAAGUUAAUCAAGGUAAUAUGGGUGGUAAAGGUGGACCAUUUGGAUAUUUAUGGAAAGAAAAAAAUAGAAAAGAUAAAAAAAAAGAUAAAACACCAAAACCAAAGAAACAAGAAGAUUAUACAGUUUGUGACAUUCAUAUAGGUAGUGGUUCAGUUAGAGAUGCAAAAGAUAGUAAUGGUUUAGCUGAUCCUUUCGUUAUGAUUUGGAGUGUAAAUAUUGAAGGUGAUCAUGAUAAAUGUAUUUAUAAAAGUAAAGUUUGUAAAGAAACUUUAACACCAAAUUGGAAUGAAGAUGGUGAACUUAAAAUGAAGAAUGGAAGUUACAGAGAAUGCAUUCUAGAGUUAUGGGAUCAUGAUACCUUUACUGCAAAUGAUUUCAUUGGUAGAGCUUUAAUCUUUCCAAGUUCUGUAACUUUUGGUAUGGAAUAUAAAGAAAAUGUUAAAGUUUUUGAUAAAGAUGAUAAAACAAAUCCAACUGGUACUGUUGAAAUUAAUAUUAAAAGAAAAUAA